AUGGCUCAAGCAAUGGAGCAGGAGGAGCGACCGCAGAGCUUGAAGUUUGAUGUGUCGGAAGAGGAAUCGGGGCCCAAAGGUGAAGAGUUUGCCUUCCGCAGAGAGGUGGUGAAGCUGCGCUCCUUCAUUGACAGCCGGUUUGCGAAGCAAGCCCGGAUGUUAGAGCUCAUGUCUACCCAGUUGAAGCUAAUGCAGGCAUUCCCCGACGGCAAAACAGUGGCCAAAGUGGAUGAUUCCGCGGAGGCCGGUCAAGAGCCCGAGCAGGCGCCCAGGGAAGCGGCCAGGGAAGAGCCAGAACCGCUCUCCCCCCGCCAGAACGAAAGCAGCGGGGUGAACUGCAUGAACUGCAAAAUGUCGCAAGUCGGAGCGAGUCCGGCACUUGCUCUCCUCAGGUCACAGUCUGAGUUGACGGUGCUGAGCUCAAAGCCUUCUGAGGACGAGCAGCCAGCCAGGAAAAGCAUCAGUCGCGGGAGUUCGAAGCAGUCCUUCGUUCGCACCUCCUUGAGGGAGCAGCAGAAGAAGGCCGAGGAGGCGGUCCAGCAAUCUGCCAGCACCUUCACGAGCAACUUGAGAAGGAUGAACACGAUUGAGGCUGACAUGUUUGGCAGUGGACCUUGCCGGAUCGCCUGUCUUCGCAUCGUGACCCACACCAUGUUCACGAACUGCGUCAUGGGCUUGAUCCUGGUGAACUUGAUCCUGCUGGGCGUCGAGGUCGACGUGGCCACCAGACUCGGACAAGAUGACAUCCCCAGUGUAUAUGGCAUCCUCAACACACUCAUCGUGUGCGUGUUCCUGGUUGAGUUUUUUCUGAAGUUCUUCGCGUUUGGCUGUUCGGGCUUCUUCUGCGGCCGCGAUGCAUUCUGGAACAACCUGGACUUCGUCGUGAUCUUCUCGUCAGUGCUCGAGACGGCCGUGGAUAUUUGGGAUCUGGUUGCAACGCAAGCUGGCUCCACGUCGGGCCACUUUCGAAUUAUGCGAACUAUGCGGCUCGUCCGCGCCUUGCGUGGCAUUCGUGUGAUUCGGCUGCUGAGGUAUGUGAGUGCAUUGCGAACCCUGGUGUUCUCCAUCGUAAGCACCAUGAGCUCACUGUUGUGGACUCUGGUAUUGCUGCUGCUGCUGUUCUACAGCUUCGGGGUCAUUUUUACCCAGCUCGUGUCGGACUACUGCCGCGAGCUAACGAUGUCAAAGACCGGGGACGUGAAUGCAGUGCCGGAGUGCCCAUCCAACCUGGGCACGUAUUGGAAGUCCGUCGACGAGAGCAUGCUGACCUUGUUUCUGGCAAUCUCUGGUGGCAUGAAUUGGACGGAAGCUCUGGAGCCGCUACGAGUGGUGCAGGGGAUUGCCCCAUAUCUCCUCAUCCUGUACAUCAUUGUUUCCGUCUUUGCCGUGCUCAAUGUCGUAACUGGCGUUUUCUGCAAUACAGCUAUUGAGUCGGCGCAGAGUGACAAAGACAUUGCGAUCAUGAAGCAGAUGCGCAAACAUGACCUUCAGGUGCAGGCACUACGGCACAUUUUCAAGGAGAUCGAUCACGACAAGCAACUUAUAUUGCAGCGGUAUCGGACUUGUUUUGGACAAAUGGCUAUAGUUAUAGUUAUCGGUCAUGAAAUGCCUGACCCUAACUUGUUUGCUUGUUUUGAGCUUGCGCAUGUUAUCCGAGUUGGUUGUGAUUAA